GCCUGAAGACCAUCGUGGGGGCGCUGAUCCAGUCGGUGAAGAAGCUAGCGGACGUGAUGGUGCUCACGGUGUUCUGCCUGAGCGUGUUCGCGCUCAUCGGCCUGCAGCUCUUCAUGGGGAACCUGAGGCACAAGUGUGUGCGCAACUUCACGCUGCUCAGCGACACCAACGGCUCUGUGGAGGCCCAGGGCCUGGUGUGGGAGUCGCUGGACCUCUACCUCAACGACCCAGACAACUACCUGCUCAAGAAUGGCACCUCUGAUGUCUUGUUGUGUGGGAACAGCUCCGAUGCUGGGACAUGUCCCGAGGGCUACCGGUGCCUGAAGGCGGGCCAGAACCCCGAUCACGGCUACACCAGCUUCGACUCUUUCGCCUGGGCCUUCCUGGCCCUAUUCCGCCUCAUGACGCAGGACUGCUGGGAGCGUCUCUACCAGCAGACGCUGCGGUCGGCCGGCAAGAUCUACAUGAUCUUCUUCAUGCUGGUCAUCUUCCUGGGCUCCUUCUACCUGGUCAACCUCAUCCUGGCCGUGGUCGCCAUGGCCUACGAAGAGCAGAACCAGGCCACCAUUGCCGAGACGGAGGAGAAGGAGAAGCGCUUCCAGGAGGCCAUGGAGCUGCUGCGCAAGGAGCAGGAGGCGCUCACGGCGCGGGGCGCGGACUCUGCGUCCCGCAGCUCGGUGGACGCGUCGGGCUCGGCGGCGGCGGCCGGGGCCCAGCGCGAGCGGCGGGGCCGGCGGCGGGCGCGGCUGUCAUCGGGGACGGAGGAGGACGGCGGCCGGCUGCCCCGAUCGGAGUCGGAGGACGGCGGAGGCCCGCGGGCGGCGGUGAGCUCCCCCCGGGUCCCGGCCGCGGCCCCCGCCCGGCCCCGCUCCAGCCGGGGCAGCAUCUUCACCUUCCGGCGGCGGGAGCCGGGCUCCGAGACGGACUUCGCGGACGACGAGCACAGCACGGCCGGGGACAGCGACAGCCACCGCGCCUGGCCGCCGCCGCCGCCGCCCGGGGCCCCGCGCCGGCCGCCCGGCGCCAAGCGCCUCAGCGCGGUGGACUGCAACGGCGUGGUGUCCCUGCUGGGGCCCGGCGAGGCCGCGCCCGCCGGCGGCCCCCUCCUCCCGCGGCCCCCGGACACGACCACACCAUCAGAAGAUCCAGGUGGAGCCCAGAUGCUGACACCCCAAACUCCAUGUGUAGAUGGAUUUGAGCCGCCAGGAGCGAGACAGCGAGCCCUCAGUACAGUCAGUGUCCUCACCAGCGCUCUGGAAGAGUUGGAAGAAUCCCACCGCAAGUGUCCACCAUGUUGGAACCGCUUCGCUGAGCGCUACCUGAUCUGGGAGUGCUGCCCGCUGUGGCUGCCCAUCAAGGACAAGGUGAAGUUCGUGGUCAUGGACCCCUUUGCCGACCUCACCAUCACCAUGUGCAUCGUGCUCAACACAUUGUUCAUGGCGCUGGAGCACUACAACAUGACCACUGAAUUUGAGGAGAUGCUGCAGGUUGGAAAUCUGGUCUUCACUGGGAUCUUCACAGCAGAGAUGACCUUCAAGAUCAUCGCCCUUGACCCCUACUAUUACUUUCAGCAGGGCUGGAACAUCUUCGACAGCAUCAUCGUCACCCUCAGCCUCAUGGAGCUGGGCCUCUCCAGGAUGGGCAACCUAUCUGUGCUGCGUUCCUUCCGCCUGCUGCGGGUCUUCAAGCUGGCCAAGUCCUGGCCCACCCUGAACACACUCAUCAAGAUCAUCGGGAACUCGGUGGGUGCGCUGGGCAACCUGACUCUGGUGCUGGCCAUCAUCGUGUUCAUCUUCGCCGUGGUGGGCAUGCAGCUCUUCGGCAAGAACUACUCAGAGCUCAGCCACCGCAUCAGUGACCCAGGCUUCCUGCCCCGCUGGCACAUGAUGGAUUUCUUCCAUGCCUUCCUCAUCAUCUUCCGCAUCCUGUGUGGAGAGUGGAUCGAGACCAUGUGGGACUGCAUGGAAGUCUCAGGCCAGUCGCUGUGUCUGCUGGUCUUCUUGCUCGUGAUGGUGAUCGGAAAUCUUGUGGUGCUGAAUCUCUUCCUGGCCUUGCUGCUCAGCUCCUUCAGCGCAGACAACCUCACGGCCCCAGAUGAAGACGGGGAGAUGAACAACCUGCAGCUGGCCCUGGCCCGCAUCCAGCGGGGCCUGCGCUUCGUCAAGAGGACCACCUGGGACUUCUGCUGCGGGCUCCUGCGGAGACCCAAGAAGCCGGUGAUCCUCGCCCCCCGCAGCCAGCUGGCCAGCUGCUUGGCCAGCCCCAGCCCGCCGGCGCCCUCCGAGACUGAGAAGCCGCCCCCCGCCCGCAAGGAAACCCGGUUUGAAGAAGCUGCACGGCCAGGCCAGGGCGGCACCCCUGGGGACUCAGGGCCCGUGUGCGUGCCCAUCGCCGUGGCCGAGUCGGACACCGAUGAUCAGGAAGAGGAAGAGGAGGAGGAAGAGGAGGAGGAGGAGGAGGAAGACAGUCGGGGUACUGAGGACGAAUCCAGCAAACAGCCUCUUCGCCAGGAAUCCCAGGCUGUGUCCCACAGCCCGGAGGCCUCUGUGGAGCCCAGGGCUCCCAGCCAGGUGUCGGAAACCAUUUCCUCCUCCGAGAUGGGGACCAAUGGGCCUCAGGCAGACUGGCAACAGCGGUGGAACAUGGAGCCCCGGGUCCCGGGUCCCAGUGAGAACCCCGAGGACAGCUUCUCAGAAGGGAGCACUGCAGACAUGACCAACACGGCCGAUCUCCUGGAGCAGAUACCCGAUCUUGGCGAGGAUGUCAAGGACCCGGAGGCCUGUUUCACCGAAGGCUGCAUCCGGCGCUGUCCCUGCUGCGCAGUGGACGUCACCCAGUCCCCAGGGAAGGUCUGGUGGCGACUUCGGAAGACGUGCUACCGCAUCGUGGAGCACAGCUGGUUUGAGACGUUCAUCAUCUUCAUGAUCCUGCUCAGCAGUGGAGCCCUGGCGUUCGAGGACAUCUACCUGGAGGAGCGGAAGACGAUCAAGGUGCUGCUGGAGUAUGCCGACAAGAUGUUCACCUACGUGUUUGUGCUGGAGAUGCUGCUCAAGUGGGUGGCCUACGGCUUCAGGAAGUACUUCACCAACGCCUGGUGCUGGCUAGACUUCCUCAUCGUGGACGUGUCCCUGGUCAGCCUGGUGGCCAACACGCUGGGCUUUGCCGAGAUGGGCCCCAUCAAGUCGCUGAGGACGCUGCGUGCGCUGCGACCCCUCAGGGCCUUGUCACGGUUUGAGGGGAUGAGGGUGGUGGUCAACGCGCUGGUGGGCGCCAUCCCCUCCAUCAUGAACGUCCUGCUCGUCUGCCUCAUCUUCUGGCUCAUCUUCAGCAUCAUGGGCGUGAACCUGUUUGCGGGCAAGUUCGGGCGCUGCAUCAACCAGACGGAGGGCGACCUGCCACUCAACCACACGAUCGUGAACAACAAGAGCGACUGCGAGGCCUUCAAUGUCACCGGCGAGCUGUACUGGACCAAGGUCAAGGUCAACUUCGACAAUGUGGGCGCCGGCUACCUGGCCCUGCUACAAGUGGCAACUUUUAAAGGCUGGAUGGACAUCAUGUACGCAGCGGUGGACUCCCGAGGGUACGAAGAGCAGCCGCAGUGGGAAUACAACCUGUACAUGUACAUCUACUUCGUGGUCUUCAUCAUCUUCGGCUCUUUCUUCACCCUGAACCUCUUCAUUGGUGUCAUCAUCGACAACUUCAACCAGCAGAAGAAAAAGAUACGAGGCCAAGACAUCUUCAUGACAGAAGAACAGAAGAAAUAUUACAAUGCCAUGAAAAAGCUGGGCUCCAAGAAACCCCAAAAGCCCAUUCCUCGGCCUCUGAACAAGUACCAGGGCUUCCUCUUCGACAUCGUGACCAAGCAGGCCUUCGAUGUCACCAUCAUGUUCCUCAUCUGCCUCAACAUGGUGACCAUGAUGGUGGAGACGGACGACCAGAGCCCCGAGAAGGUCAGCAUCCUCGCCAAGAUCAACCUGCUCUUCGUGGCCAUCUUCACGGGCGAGUGCUUUGUCAAGAUGGCCGCCCUGAGACACUACUACUUCACCAACAGUUGGAACAUCUUUGACUUCGUGGUGGUCAUCCUCUCCAUCGUGGGCACCGUGCUGUCCGACAUCAUCCAGAAGUAUUUCUUCUCCCCCACGCUCUUCCGUGUCAUCCGCCUGGCCCGCAUCGGCCGCAUCCUCCGGCUCAUCCGGGGUGCCAAGGGCAUCCGCACCCUGCUCUUCGCCCUCAUGAUGUCCCUCCCGGCCCUCUUCAACAUCGGCCUGCUGCUCUUCCUGGUCAUGUUCAUCUACUCCAUCUUUGGCAUGGCCAACUUCGCUUACGUCAAGUGGGAGGCGGGCAUCGACGACAUGUUUAACUUCCAGACGUUCGCCAACAGCAUGCUGUGCCUCUUCCAGAUCACCACCUCGGCCGGUUGGGACGGCCUCCUCAGUCCCAUCCUCAACACCGGGCCUCCCUACUGCGACCCCGAUCUGCCCAGUGGCAACGGCUCCCGGGGGAACUGUGGGAGCCCGGCCGUGGGCAUCCUGUUCUUCACCACCUACAUCAUCAUCUCCUUCCUCAUCGUGGUCAACAUGUACAUCGCCAUCAUCCUGGAGAACUUCAGCGUGGCCACGGAGGAGAGCACCGAGCCCCUCAGCGAAGACGACUUCGACAUGUUCUACGAGAUCUGGGAGAAGUUCGAUCCCGAGGCCACGCAGUUCAUCGAGUACGCCGCCCUGUCCGACUUCGCCGAUGCCCUGUCCGAACCCCUGCGCCUCCCCAAACCCAACCAGAUCAGCCUCAUCCACAUGGACCUGCCCAUGGUGAGCGGAGACCGCAUCCACUGCAUGGAUAUCCUCUUCGCCUUCACCAAAAGGGUGCUGGGCGAAUCCGGGGAAAUGGACGCCCUGAAGAUCCAGAUGGAGGAGAAGUUCAUGGCGGCCAACCCAUCCAAGAUCUCCUACGAGCCCAUCACCACCACGCUGCGGCGCAAGCACGAGGAGGUGUCGGCCAUGGUCAUCCAGCGCGCCUUCCGGAGACACCUGCUCCAGCGCUCCGUGAAGCACGCCUCCUUCCUCUUCCGACGGCAGACCUGCAGCAGCGGCAGCGACGGGGGGCUCUCCCAAGAGGACGCCCCAGAAAGAGAAGGCCUCAUCGCCUACAUGAUGAAUCAGAACUCCCGGCCCAGUGGUGGUGGUGGGGGCCCUCCCUCCAGCUCCUCCAUCUCCUCCACCUCCUUCCCGCCAUCCUACGACAGUGUCACCCGGGCCACCAGCGACAACCUCCAAGCCAGGGUGUCCGACUACAGUCGGAGCGAAGACCUGGCAGAUUUCCCCCCGUCCCCAGACAGGGACCGCGAAUCUAUCGUGUGA